AAGUUAAAUUGUUUGAAACAUCAAUGGAUAACAACGGAAAUGAAUCAAGUUGAAGGUUGAAGAACGUUGAUUAUAUCAUUAAAAAAAUACAUUCAAUUAAUUGUGCUGAAAGUGAAUAAGAAUUAAGAUUCUGUGAAAAUCUACUUCAAUACAAAUCCAAUGGAUCCAGAGGAAUGACUCUCAUCAACAAGGAGACAUUAUAUCAAUGGUGUGAACAAUCAAGAAAAGAUUUCUCUCUCUCUCUUCCUCACUGAAUUAUCUUCAAUUAACAUUUCAAAUUAAUCUAAAUUGCAACGCUCAUAAACAUUUAAUUUCUUGGUUUUUGGUUGAUGAACUGACUUACAUGUGAUACAUAGAUUCUAAUACAAUUAACUGUUAAUGGUGGUUAAUAACUGUAGUGCUAAUGAUUUGAGACAAUUAGAUUCGGAGUACGAAAGCACAAGAGUAUAUAACAAGUCUAACCAACUGAUAUCAAAAGGAAACCAUCAGAAGGAAUCAUUUUGAAGGUGAAAACGUUCAACAUGUUUCUGGAAUCAUCGGAGGUUGGGGACCGUUGCAACGGCGAUUGAUGUUUCUGUUGGUCAUCGUAUACUGGGCAGCUCCGUUCAACAAUCAAAGUCUCCUUUACUAUGUGAUUAAAAGUGACCUUUGGUGUGUUAAGCCUUCAGGGGUAAAGGUAACAAUUAAAGCAGAUCAUUGUAGUUUCAAAGAGCUUGGUCAAUGUAGUGCUUGGGGUCACAAUACAACCAGAGGAACAGUAACCAAAGAAUGGAAUAUCGUUUGUGAAAAUUAUUGGCAAAGAUCGUUGGCUUUAUCGGCUUAUCAAAUGGGUUAUCUUGUUUCUGGACCUUUGGUUGGGUCACUUUCGGAUAAAUUUGGUAGGAAAAACGCAAUGAUUGGUUGUCUUAUGUGCGAAAUCAUUUGUAGUAUUUUAUUGUACCUUUCGUCGUCCAUUGAAAUGUUCACAAUUGUCCGAAUAAUUCAUGGAAUUGGAGGAUAUGGACGAUAUCUCUCAUCAUUAGUUCUUCUUGUCGAAAGUGUUGGACCUAAAGUAAGAGGUAAAGUGGUGGUCAGUUUUGAUUGGAUUUGGUUUGGUGGUGAAUAUGUCAUGAUACUGGUCACUUAUUUUGUCUCCAACUUCAGACACAUUUACUUAGGAUCAGCGAUCUUUCAAAUCUUUUGCUUAACGAUUGUUAUGCCCAAAGUAACGGAAUCAAUUCGAUGGCAAUUGGUCAAUGGUCAAGAGAAUAAAGCUGAGAAAGUAUUGAGAAAAUACUCCGUUGGUCAAGGUAAAAUGGACGAAGAUACAUUCCAAUUGAAGUUUGCUUCACUUCGAGAUAAUGUCUUGUCCAGUUUAAAAUCGACUCAGAAAAAAGAAACAAUUUUCAAUCUUUAUCGAAAUCCAACUUUACUCAAAUAUUGUUGUGGCCUUUACGUUAUUUGGUUCACUAUGUUUUUCACGCUGUUUGGAUUGACCUACACAACUCUUGACCUUUCGGGUAACAUAUUUAUUAACAAUGCAAUAUUUGCUAUCGCUGGAAUCGUUGCUCUUGGAUUUAUGACCUGGAAGGUUGAAUAUUUCAAACGAAAGACUUUGAUCUUCAUUCUUUGUUUGUGUACAUCACUGACACUUUUAGCAUCGAUCCCGUUGUUAUAUACUCCACAAUAUAUUGUCCCUCGAACUAUUUUGUUGACCGCUGGAAAAUUUUUCUCCUCUUCGAUGAUGAUACUGCUCUACGUUUAUUCACCUGAAGUUUUUCCCACUUCGAUUCGACACCUUGGAGUUGGUACUUGUUCAACUGCCGCUCGAAUUGCAACAAUCUCCGCUCCGUAUGUUGCACAAUUUACUGCUAGAGUUGACCUUAGGAUAACAGUCGGUUUAUUUGCGACAUUGGGUAUGAUUGGAGCUGUAACUUCAUUCAUCUUACCAGAAACAAAGGACAAGGAAAUCAGUGACACAGUUGAUGAGAUGAUUAAACAAAGUACUAAGCCCGAUGAAGAGGAAAUGAUCAACCGACAAGAUAAUCGUCCAUAAUUAUCAUCUAAAUUGUUCAAACAAUUAAUAAGUCUGAAUACAACAGAAAACACUAAUAACUAUUUACCAAAACUUUUUUCUUUCAUUCGAAUCACAUGUAAAUUAAUCAACAAAGUGAUUAACGAUUUGUAAUGAUUAAAAGAUGAUCAAUAUUGACAUAUG